AUGCUGCGAAAACCGGUGCGUUCACGUAGUGGACGACUUCGUGCCGAUGGUGAUGCGAUUAAUCGCGGGCCAUCGCGAGCGAUUCUGAGGGUAGCUUCGAGAAGUCGUACUCGAGCCAAUACUGCACCGUUGGCUACUCCAGAAGAGGACUGUCGUCGA